UUUAACAAAUAUAGUAAAAAUAUAUCCUGUUAGAAAGCCCAUCAAAUGGCUCUAAAUUAUAGAUAUGAUAUAGACCUACAACUUGGUUAACUUAGUUUUUACAGAUUGGGCGCCAAACUACGCUCAGUCGUUACAGUUUAUAACCAACCAGAUUGAUGUAACUGCAGGUCAGGUUUUAGUAGAUUAACAUGUUUUACGCACAUUUUGUGCUGGCCAAGAAAGGCCCCUUGGCCAAGAUUUGGUUGGCGGCACAUUGGGAUAAGAAGUUAACGAAGGCACAUGUGUUUGAAACCAAUAUAGAGAAGUCUGUUGAUGGUAUCCUGAAGCCAAAAGUGAAAAUGGCUCUUCGGACCUCUGGCCAUCUGCUACUGGGUGUUGUCAGGAUCUACUCUAGAAAAGCCAAGUAUCUCUUACAAGAUUGCAAUGAAGCAUUUGUCAAAAUCAAGUUGGCGUUCCGACCGGGCAUGGUGGAUCUGCCAGAAGAGCAUAGAGAAGCAGCCAUGAAUGCUAUCACUCUUCCAGAGGUUUUUCAUGACUUUGAUACAGCUAUGCCCGAAUUGAAUGAAGUGGAUAUUGAAGCUCAAUUUUCCCUGAAUCAGUCAAGGGCUGAGGAGAUUACUAUGCGAGAGGAUUAUGGCUCAUUGAAUCUGGUCACCCAUGAUGAUGGGUUUGGUGAUAUGGGAUUUGAUACUGAUAACCCUGAUAUUAUGAGAGAAGCCAUUGGUACUGAAGGAGGUUUGGAACAGAGUAACAUUUUAUUUGCUGAUGGCUCAUCCCUGUCCAUGCAAUUGGCUGGUAAAGAACCAGGUGUGCCAAGUACAAGUGCAAAUGGAGUGCCCUCAUUGGCUACUCCAGCUCAUGAACGUAGGAUGGAAGCAGCGCCACAUGGACCCAUGGAUGAUGGAUUUGGGGGAACCAUUGGUGAUGUGGGAGAUUUUGGACAUGCUGGUGGGCUUUUCGAGGGAGACCUCUUCGGCGAGGUUACGGCUAGCGGAGGUCCAGGUGGCGCGGGUUCAUCGCUGGCUGGCCUGCCCGGCCUAGCUACUUCAGCUCAGCCACAGUCGCUGCAGGCGGAGAUCGAGGCGGCGGGCGAGGCUGCGGUGGCGGCGGCGGACGCGCCCGACUCGGACGACGACAUGGGCGACCACUACGACGCCGGACACUCGCCGCAGCACAGCUGGGGUGGGUCCCCACCGCACGAGACGGCGGCUCACGCGGAAGAAGCAGCCGACCUGAUGCCGCCGCCGGCACUGCCGCGACCACCCUCAGUCAGGCCUAUGGAUGUGGACCCCACACCGGAAGAGGGCGUGUCCGCGGCGGAAGCUGCGACUGCGGCGACGGAGACCGCGCCGCCGGAAGCGGAAAUAGACCACGCGCCUCUGGACAACACCACGCUGCUGCAGAACGAGGAGGAGUCCUUCGCACUCGCGCCGGUUGACGCCACCGUGCUCAAGGGUAUAACAAAGGCGAAACGUAAACGUAAACUCAUAGUUGACGAAGUGAAGAACAUAUCUGGAGAAGAAAUGAAGAAUCAAUUAAGUAACACAUCGGAUAUCGUGACUACACUAGAUUUAGCGCCGCCUACGCGGCGACUGAUGCAUUGGAAAGAGACGGGCGGAGUGGAGAAACUGUUCACAUUACCAGCCAGGCCAAUACCGUCCCGGGUUCUGUUUAAGAAGUACCAGCGAAACAUGACGCUCCGAACCGAAGCUGAAGAAACGGAAGCUCGCUCCCCUGAACCAGAGGUGGCUCGUCGGCAGACGCGGAAACGGCGACAUGACGAGACAAUUCUACCACCAGAAACACCAGCGCCAGCAUCAGUUCCAGAAAUGGAACCACCUACACCAAUACCUCAGGAGUAUGAACCCUCAGUUGAAGCGGAGCGAGAAGCGGAGGCGGCCGCCGCAGAUCCUGCAUCACAUCCCUCGAUACUAAGUGGUAUGUUAAGCUCGCUGGGUCCACCACUGACGCCCGGUGUUCUGGGAUCGUUAACUCCUGGUAGUUUACUUCAAGGAGGGCUCACACCUGGAGGCCUGCAACAUGGUGCUAUGACGCCAGGUGGGUUGAGUCAUGGAGGAAUGACUCCAGCUGGCCUCCAACAUGGCGAUGGUCAACCAAUAGAUUUAGGGUUGGCAGGUAGCGGUAUGACGCCAGCCGGAUUACACCACGGAGGUAUGACCCCUGGCGACUUAACCGGCAUGGGUGGCAUGACGCCCGCGUUAGGUCUGGACAGCAUGACGCCGGGCGGCCUACAACAUGGCGGUCUCACACCCGGCGCCCUGCAUCAUGGUGGUAUGACACCAGGUGGUCUGGACCAUGGUGGUAUGACGCCAGGUGGUCUACAACACGGAGGUAUGACGCCUGCGGGUCUACAACACGGAGGUAUGACCCCGGUGGGCCUACAGCACGGCGGUAUGACCCCGGCGGGUCUACACCAUGGUGGAAUGACUCCAGGUGGAUUGCAGCAUGGUGAUAUGACUCCAUCGGGUGUACAGCAUGGGGCGUUGCUGCAGCACAGUAUGGAGCAGUUGCCGAUGAUGCCCCAACUGGGCGCUGGCGAGCAACUACAGCGCUCGCAGGUGCCCAUGGAGCCCCUCAUACCUCUCGACGAGCACGCCGACUAUCAGACUGGAAUGCAAAUGACAAAUUUAGGUUACGACGAUCAACAAGGUCAUCACAGUCCACCUCACGAUUACGACCUUCCACUUACACCAGAGAAUGCGGAUGAGGGCGAGCGUGAGGCGGGCGAAACAGACGAGCAGUUCGAGGAGCGAGUACUGAACAGACGCGCGGCACAACUCUUCGCCGUGAUGCGACCUAAACUAGCUGUCGACAUGCAGCUCUCCUUCGCAGAUUUAGCGCCCAGGCACAAUAAUAGGAAGCAGGUUGCACAAAAGUUCUACAGUUUACUUGUGCUCAAAAAACAUCAAGUGUUGAAACUCGAACAGCAUGAAACUUAUGGACCUAUUAUAAUUACCAAGGGCAACCAGUUUGAAACUGAAGCUAUUUAAGUAGGUGUGUAAGGACAGAAAGUUAUUUAUAUUAUUUGUAAUAUAAUAUAACUAGUGCCUUGUGAGCUUAGCGAUAGUGAGAUCGCCAUGCUCACAAAGUGCAAACAGAGAGAAAUAUCAAUAUUAGUUUAUGUGAGUAUGUGGUGUCUAGUUGUAAUGUUAUGGACUUACGGAACUAGGAUGAGCCAAAAAUAAUGUGUAAGUCGUCCUUUUGACUCGAGUUCAUUGAAACAUUAAUUCUUACUUUUAAAUUUUGGACCAAAUAAUGUUACGAGUGUUGAUCUCAUAAAACAGAUUGUAUUGUACUGUAAUAGUUUCGCCCCGUUUUAUUGUACUCGAAUCAAGAGUGAAUGUGCAGUUGUGAUUCAGAUGUUAUGUUCUAUUGAUGUGAAUAGUGGGGAAAUGCCUUAUUUUCGUUUGCUGUAGGCUAAGUAAGAUUAAAUAUGCACAGUUUUCCAUGUUAUGUACCAUAUUUAUUGUGCCCUACUACACCUCAAAGUCAAUAGAGCAUGGUUUAAAGAUCCCAUAUUUCAAGAUAGAGUAAAUAUUAUUAUUGUAAAGAUGUUAUCAUAAGUUUUUCAUUGUUUUAAAGUUUUCAGUAAUAGAGUGAAAUAAGUAUUACUAUAUUGUUGACCUACUUUUGAAACAGAAUUAUGUAAGCAUGUUUUUUGGUACUCAUGAUGUGUAGAAUAAAAUUAUGUUAUGACUUAUACAUAUUUAUAAAGUGUAUUUCUUCUCAAGGAAGUGUAGACAUUCAAUCUUAUUUUAUCGUGCCUUGGUACAUUUAUUUUAAUGUUUAUAAAUUAUGACAUUACACAAAAUUAUUGACAUGUAACAAGUAAUUGAGAUGAACAUUUAUUAACAACAAACAAAAUACUAUAGUUAUGUGAAAACAAGCCCUGCUAACUGAUACAGGAAGUAUGCCGUUAGCAGGACCAACGUCAUGUGUUUCGUCAAUUUUAAUUGGUGCUUUAUGGCACUUAUGUAGAAUUAAGAAACUAUUGUUAACAAAGUGCAAAUACACUCACAAAUAGAGAUAAUGUUUAAAACUUUUUUGUUUGUAAAAAUAUCCAAUCAUGGUAAUGAGAAAUAUACAAUGUAUUUUUAUUAUCACACUCAAAUGUGAAUAGCUGAAUAUAAUAUUGAAGACAUAUUGUAUUCGUAUUUCCAUUUCUGUGAAAACUUAGUGAUAAUUAGACACCAAAUAAGAAAUUCAAAAUUAUAAAAACAGCAAAAAUAUUUACUAGAUUUUUAUACAUGGCGCAUUGAA